UAUCGGAGCGCGUGACGACGGCGCGGGGAGCGCGGAAGUUGACCCCUGGGAUGGAGUCGCGGUGCGCGCCGCCGCCGCUUCUGCUUCUGCUGCUGCCGCUGCUUCUGCUGCUGCGCGCGGCGGGCGGAGAGGAACGCGGCGCCGCGUGCCCGUGCCCGGUGCAGACUCUGUGCCUCCCGCCGUCACUCACUCCGGCCUAUGAGGCGAGUGCGCCCGCGGGGUGGCUGGUGGCUUUGUCGGAUUGACGAUGAACUUGAAUGGUGACUGCACCUGGCGCCUCGCUUCAGGUGUACGUGUUCCAUGUUGGAGGUAAAGAUUGGAUGUUGUAUGACUGGACUAAAGUCACAACGGUGGCCAUCUUCAGCGGGUUUGAUGCAGAGCUCAUGUGCUAUGCUCACUCAAAGGGGGCUCGCGUUGUUUUAAAAGGGGAUGUGGACGUGCAGAGUGUGGUGGAACCCGCGGCGAGGGCUCGCUGGGUGCAGCAACAGGUGGUGCUCGCACAGAGCCACUUCAUGGAUGGGAUAAACUUGGACAUCGAGGCGGCGGUGGGGAACUCGAGCGCAGCGCGCGCAGCCCUCACGGCGCUGGCGCGUGAGACCACCGCCGCCUUCCACUCGCAAAUCCCCGGCUCGCAGGUGACAUUUGAUGUUGCUUGGUCUCCUGACUGCAUCGAUGGACGUUGCUAUGAUUACCCAGCCAUCGCAGAAGCUGUGGAUUUCCUCUUUGUGAUGUCCUACGACAUGCAGAGUCAGAUCUGGGAAGAUUGCAUAGCUAUGGCUAAUGCACCAUAUGUUAAAACUGUGCAAGGCUAUGAGAAAUACAUUUAUCUUGGCAUCGCGCCUGCGAAGCUUGUGAUGGGCAUUCCCUGGUAUGGUUACGACUACCCCUGCCUGAACCUGUCCGAGCAUGCAGUCUGCUCCAUUCCCAAGGUGCCAUUCCGUGGGGCGCCAUGUAGUGAUGCAGCGGGAAAACAAAUCGCGUAUAAACGCAUCGUGAGGAUGCUUAAUGAGUCGCACACGGUGCCACAGUGGGACGACAAACAGAAAGCUCCAUACUUCACAUAUAAGAAUCGCAAAGGUGCAAUCCACCAGCUGUGGUACGACGAUCCCAAGAGCCUCGCAAUCAAGGCCGCUUACGGGAGGUCACGUGGGCUCCGUGGCAUUGGAAUGUGGAAUGGAGACCUCCUCGACUACUCCCAAGAUCCAUUAUGUCAAAAUCAAACGCAGGAAAUGUGGGCAGUAUUGUAAAAUAAGCUGAGGUGAACACGAUCAUGGGAAGUUUUAGCUGCUUCUCAACGAGCCUAUCAUCAGCCAAUGCCUAUCAUCACGACGAUGUUCACCAUUACUAACCUCACCAUCAAUAUCAUUGCCGGGGCCUAGUCGGGUUCCUGCAAUCACAAUACGUAACAAUUCUUACAUUUCAUAUGACUAUCACAAUAUCAAUCCCAAUAAUGUUAUUGUAUUGCAUUUUGUUGGAUUGUUUUGUAUGUUGAUGUACUUCUAGAAGGAAUAAAUAUAAGUGAAAAGUUA